UUUGCUCAAGAUAGAGAAAAUAAUGCUUGAAGCUAGAAUGAAAUUAGUGCUUCUGUGUCCAGUGGUCCCAAGUCCAAAGCCUCGCCCAUCAUGGCUCCAGAGUCUCCAGCCGUAUUGGACACCACAUCAGAGACUUCAGCCGUCAUGGACACCACACCAGUUCCCAGCCAGCAUGAACAUGGCACGUGAAGCUACCAAAAGGCUCAGACUUUAGCUUAAACUUUGUACAACAUAACUGAGUAAAUGACCAAUGUGUCUGUGGACAAUCGCUCAAGCACAUCGCAUUUUCCUUCAUAUGCAGAGUGUGUUGAAGCCACUCUUGCAUUCUGAAUCACCCUUGGAGACAUAACAGUUACACUUUAGUUUGUAUUAUUGGAUGGUUGCAUUACGAAAGAUCAUACAAGAAAAACCAGUUUAUUGACACACCUCUUUUGCAAAAAUUUCUUAAACACACAACCAGGAAUAUAUUCAAACACUCCAGUUCAGGAAAAGGAAAACAUUAGUGCUGUUCAGCUUGCUUUGUCUCUGUCUAUCUGAAAGUGCAUGCACUGAAAUGGCUGAAGCCGGAUUUUUUCAGGACCAGUUCUGCUGUCCAUUGUGUCUGGAUCUACUGAAAGAUCUAGUGACCAUUCCCUGUGGACACAGUUACUGUAUGAGCUGCAUUACAGACCACUGGAAUCAAGAGGAUCAGAAGAGAGUCUAUAGCUGCCCCCAGUGCAGACAGACCUUCAGACCAAGACCUGCAAUAAAUAAAAACACCAUGCUAGCUGAAGUGGUGGAGAAACCAAAGGUGAUAAUUCAAACUGCUGUUCCUGCUGAACAACAUGAGAAUCUCUUAAAAGUUAAUAGACAUAACUUGAUGAACGCCACUGGACAACCUCAGAAGAUGAUGUGUCAUCAACAUGGUAAACCGCUUGAGAUUUACUGCCGCACUGACCAGCAGUGUAUUUGUGUGUUCUGUGUGGUGGAAAAACACAUAAAUCAUGAGACUGUAUCAACUGCAGCAGAGAGGACUGAGAAACAGAAAAAAUUGGAUGAGACACGGGGAAAAUUUAAGCAGCAAAUCCAGGAGAGGGAGGUGAAGCUUUGGGAGCUGAAAGAGGCUGUGGAGUCUCAGAAGCGCUCUGCACAGACAGCAGUGGAGGACAGUGAGAGGAUCUUUACUGAACUCAUCCAGUCCAUAGAGAAAAGACGCUCUGAGAUCACACAGAUGAUCAGAGACCGAGAAAAGACUGUAGUGAGUCAAGCUGAAGGACUUAUGGAGCGACUGGAGCAGGAGAUUGAUGAACUGAGGAGAAGAAACACUGAGCUGGAGCAGCUUUCACACACAGACGAUGACUCCCAAUUCCUCUGGAGAUUACCGUUUCUGUAUGAUCCUCCUGACUCUCUAGACGUUUUCAGCAUCACCGUCAGUUCCUAUGAUGAUGUACGAGAAUCUGUCUCUCAACUGAGACAAAAACUGGAUAAUUUCUGCAGAAAGGAGAUUGAAAAAAUGUCUGGAAAAGGGAGAUGCAUUCCGACUGCUGCCACCUCGGAAUUUGAGAGCAGAAAAGAGCUCCUGAAGUAUUUCUGUCGUUUAAAUGUGGAUCUAAACACAGUGCAUGAAAACCUCCAGCUGUCUAAGAAGAACAGAGUGAUUGCCAACACUAACGUAGAUCAGCCCUAUCUUGAUCAUCCAGACAGAUUUGAUUAUUGGUGGCAGGUGUUGUGUGCUGAGAGUAUAUGUGAACGCUGUUACUGGGAGGUGGAGUGGGAUGGGACUCAUGAUGUGGGUGUGUCAGUGUCAUACAAGAGCAUCAGAAGGAAGGGACGGGGUGAUGAGUGUAAAUUUGGAUAUAACACUGAAUCCUGGAGCUUAGACUGUAAUCGCUCCGGUUACCUAUUCUGUCACAAUAACAAACAGACUAAACUCCUUACAAAGUAUGAUGGCUCUAGAAUAGGAGUGUAUGUGGAUCAGAGCGCAGGAAUUCUGUCCUUCUACAGCGUCUCUGACACAAUAACCCUCCUCCACAGAGUCCAGACCACAUUCACUCAGCCUCUCUAUCCGGGAAUUAGAAUUGGCUUUCCAAUUACUUAUAUGGCCAACUUUAUAUCACGUACAUCAGUAAAAUUACUAAAUAAAUGAUCCAGACAUUCUGCCGAUAUAGACAUAUUGCGAGUGCAAGCUCCAUGAUAAAUUAAGUUUUUCCAUUACUAAUUAAGUUUCUGAUUUUUGAAUUCAAUAUACUAUAGCUGAAGGUCUAUGAAGAUUUAAUGAUUUUUAUUUUUCAUAUACAAUGAGUUAUAUUAUAUACUGCAGUAAAAUAAAUUGAUGGAAGCUCCAUCAAUUCAGUAAAUACUAUAGCUGAACAUCUGGAGAUUUAAUGAUUUGUAUUUUUUUUUUUUUUCAAUUUCAUUUAUACGGUGGGUAAUAUUAUAUAUUCAAAUAAAUUGUGAACAUUUAUGGAGAUUUAAUGAUUGGUUUUGUUUUUGUAUUUUUCUUUGUUUGGUUUGGUUUGGUUUUCAUAUACAGUGAGUUAUAUUAUAAUACUUUAAUAAAAUAAAAUGAUGGAAGCACCAUGAUUUCAUCAUUUCU